UGUAUAUUGAUUAUUGAACACUCAGGAGGUGAGGAGAGAAAUAUAAGGAAAGAAAGAAAAUGGCAUCAGCAUCUCUACUCAAGACAUCUCCAGUAGUCCUUGACAAGACUGAGUUUGUAAAGGGUCAAUCCCUCCGUCAGCCAUCCGUCUCCGUCGUCCGCUGCCACCCAGCUUCUCCCUCUGCAUUUACUGUCCGUGCUAGCUCUUAUGCUGAUGAACUUGUUAAAACCGCGAAAACUAUUGCAUCCCCUGGUCGUGGAAUUUUGGCCAUGGAUGAGUCCAAUGCUACCUGCGGGAAGCGUUUAGCUUCAAUCGGACUGGAGAACACCGAAGCUAAUCGCCAGGCAUACAGGACCCUUCUUGUUUCGGCUCCAGGACUUGGUCAGUACAUUUCAGGUGCCAUCCUUUUUGAGGAGACACUUUACCAGUCCACUGUUGAUGGAAAGAAAAUUGUUGAUGUCCUUCUUGAGCAGAACAUUGUUCCUGGAAUUAAGACUGACAAGGGUCUUGUUCCCUUGGCUGGCUCAAACGACGAGUCAUGGUGCCAAGGUCUUGAUGGCCUUGCGUCCCGCUCUGCUGCUUACUACCAACAAGGCGCCCGUUUCGCCAAAUGGCGUACUGUUGUGAGCAUUCCCAAUGGUCCUUCUGCACUUGCGGUGAAGGAAGCAGCCUGGGGUCUUGCUCGCUAUGCUGCUAUUUCUCAGGACAAUGGGUUGGUACCCAUCGUUGAGCCAGAGAUCUUACUCGAUGGUGAACACACCAUUGAUAGGACCUUUGAAGUCGCCAGGCAGGUGUGGGCUGAAGUUUUCUUCUACCUUGCUGAGAACAAUGUGAUGUUUGAAGGUAUCCUCCUUAAGCCCAGCAUGGUCACCCCUGGAGCAGAGUGCAAGGAGAGGGCCACCCCACAGCAAGUUGCUGACUACACCCUCAACCUCCUCCGCCAAAGAAUCCCUCCUGCGGUCCCUGGAAUCAUGUUUUUGUCUGGUGGACAAUCUGAAGUCGAGGCUACUCUUAACUUGAACGCCAUGAACCAAGCUCCCAACCCAUGGCACGUGUCGUUCUCAUACGCCAGAGCCCUUCAGAACACAUGCCUCACGACUUGGGGUGGAAGACCAGAAAAUGUGAAGGCAGCUCAGGAUGCUUUGCUUGUUAGAGCAAAGGCCAACUCUCUUGCCCAGCUUGGGAAAUACACCGGUGAAGGUGAGUCCGAAGAGGCCAAGAAGGGAAUGUUUGUGAAGGGAUAUGUUUACUAAGUGUCUGCCAAAGUCUAUAGAUAUUUUGAUGAUGAAGCAUGUAAUGUAGCCAAACCGAACUGCAUAAAUGCUUAUAGCUGCUCCUCAAUACUGUUUUUGUUCAUA